AACCAAUCUAAGCCAGAGCUAACAGCAAUGAUCCAGUUGUAACCAGACGAAACCUGUUGCCAAAGUUAUUAUGCUUUUAACUUUCGUAUUUUAUGCUAUGAUUAAAGGAGUCUUUAUCCGUUAAAAGGAUAUAAUAAAUACAAAAAUGAAUAUGAGACAGAGACCAAGUGUCAAAACAAGCGUUGAUAAUUGUUAAAAGGCGAAAGCAAUGAAAAAUAUUGAAAGCAAAAGCAUGGGAAUAUUGAUGACAGCCGGUUUCUCGGUAUGGCCAGAUCGAGGUUAAUUGAGAAUGUCUCAAACAGCGGAUGCUGAGAGUGAGGCUGGGUCGAUUUGUGACGAAGAACGUGUAAGAAAACUAUUUCUGCGAUGCGACGGAAACGGCGAUGGUUUUAUAGACAGUCAGGAUUUAUUAAUUGUAUGCAGAGAAUUAAAUCUGGAAAAUUCUGUCGAGGAGCUGAUGAGAGAAUUGGGCGCUGAUGAACAUGGUCGAAUUUCUUAUCAAGAAUUUUUUAGACGUCGCUUAGCUUUACGUCCUGAAAUCGAGGCACUUAGAUCAGGAAAACAUAGAACAAGUCCACAAACACAUACUUCGGAAUAUCUUCCAACCAGUAGUGAUAACAGUCUUGGAACUGUAUCUGGUAGACAUGAGAGUUGGGAAUUUGAUAGUGGGGCCCGUGAUCUUUCACCGGAGCCUCAUACAUUGCAAAAAUUAGUAGAAGCAGCUGCAGGUGGAACGGGAAAUAUGUUGGAGCUAGCAAAUAAGUUGCAAAUUGCAGCUCUAUCAUCAUUGCGAUCGGAAGUAGCGGAAUUAAAUUCGAGACUUUUAAUUGCAAAUCGAGCGAGAGAGGCAGCUGAAACAUCAUUGAUUAGAGCAGAAACACAAACGACAAGAGCCGAACAACGUGCUGAACAACAAAAUAUUCGACAUGAGGAAAGAUUAACGGAACUUCAUUCUGUGAUAGCUGAACUUGGCAGACAAUUGGAACGUCAACGGGCAAAUAUUAUUGCCGAGGAGGAUGAAUCGGAAAUUGAAACGAGCCGAGACGCUGAGGGUUCAAUAACAAAUCCCGUUGAAGAAAGUGAGGGUUUCAUUCAAGGAGAUGGUGAUAGAACAAUAGAAGAUGUAAAUUCGAGUUGUUGCGAAGAAGUCGGACAAAGACCAAAUGAAGAUAGAGAACAACUAGAUAGUCCUGCAGAUUUACCAACACCUGAACCAACACAGCAGGCUGUUUCUUAUCAAAAUGUAGCGGUUGCAGCAUUACAAGACGAAGUAAUUGCACUUCGAUCAGAAAUUUCUUCAUUACAUAUACAAUUAGCGCAGUAUAGAAAUCAAUCACAUGGACAAUGUUCGGCUCAACCUACAUGCAGUGAUUCACCUCGUCGAGAUUUUAGAACUAGAGGAAAUUUAAGUUCACCGGAACCAUUAACGGCACCUUGUUCUCCUCUUUUGCCACCAUUGCAAACACCACCUACUUCAAAAAGUGUAACACGAGAAGAUGUGCCAAUUUUGAAAAUGGCAGAAAGAGUGAGACUUAGAAGAACUGACGAGAGGCAUAUCACUGGUUCUGAUAUUGCUAAUCUUGGUGUUUGUUCCACAAUGGUCGCUGAACAUUUAGUAUCGGACCUAUUGGAGCAUUCAAAUCUACAUGAAUUUAAUGGAUCGGAAAAACAAUUUGAAGUGGAAACUGAACGUUUAAAUAGUAGAUUGGAACAUGCGCGUGCUAAUAAUGCAGUUCUUGCUUUAACAUUACAUGAAAGUAAAGCACAAUGUGAUAGAUUGAGUCUUCUUGUUGGAAAAUACGAAUCAAAUGCAAUAGCAUUGAAACUUGCACUCACGUAUAGUGAUCGUAUGAUUGAAGCUUACGAUGUUCUCGUCGCACUUUUGGAAAGUGAAUUAGCAUCUUCGAUUGAUAGAUGUACUGAUAAUAGAAGAGCCGCUGAAAUUAUAGCCUAUCAUGUUUUAAAUAAACUCGAAAAUGAUUGCUCUCAUCUCAAUGCACCUUGGGAGGACAAUUUGAUUUUAUCCGAUGAAUCCGAAGUGGCAUGGAGUGAAGAGGAUGAGCAACGUUUAAGAAAACACAUUAGCAGAUUGAAAAGCGAACGUUCAAUGGUGCGAUCAACAACUGUGGAAUUUGAAAGCGUUCAUGUUGAACCUCUUAAUUCUAAAAAUGCAAUUUCUUUAGCUGAAGCUCGAAAAUUAGAUUUAGAAACCGCUGUCCUUAUGCAAGAGUUAAUGGCUAUGCGAGAAGAUAAGGCUGAAUUACGGGCCCGUGUAUUUUUACUUGAAAAAGAAAGGGCAACAAUAGAAUUAAAAUUAAAUGCCAGAGAUUCACAAAUUGCUGCUCAACAUACAGCUAUUCAACAUCUUCAAGCUAUGCUAACAAUGGGAAAUAAAGAUCGAUGCCUGAGUGAUAAUGAAAGUGAAGGAAUUGAAUCUGAAUUGAUUGGAAGAGAACAACGAUUAAAAGAACGUUUACAAGAGCUUGUAUCAACAUUAGAUGAAGUUAAUAAAAAUUCGGAAUUAAGGCAUCAACAAUCUGCUGAACUUGUCAAUGAUUUGAAACGUGCCAAUGGAGCCCUUGUUCAAUCAUUAGAAAAAUCGAAAAAAAAAUACCAGUCAAGAUUGAAAAAAAUGGAACAACAAAUGAUGGGAAUGAUGGAAAAUCAUGCAGCACAAGUGAAAUCACUGAAACAACAAAUAACAAUGCUGGAGGAAGAAACAUCAGGUUACAAAGGCAGUUUACCUCUACAGUCACAAAGUUCUUGUGGAAGUGAAACUUCUUUAUGACAAAUUGAUUGAAUGCAAUUAGUAAUUGAUACUUUGCAUGAAAAGUAUUUUUACAUUUUCCGCGAUUAAAUUUUGAAUCUAUGUAUUUUUAUACACAUAAGUAUUUAAUCAAGAUUUACUUUGUAAUUUUUUUUUUUGGUCAAAAUCCGUGCAGCUUUCAAGGAAAUCUAUAACUUUCCUUUAACUUGCGCAAAUAUUAUUUAAAAAUUAAUAAACUUUUUUGGUAAAUAUUGAAUGUAAACAACGAUAUUUACUUGUAAAUAUGUAUAUUUAGACACAAACGAAAUGAUAAAAAGAAGUUAAGUCAAAUGAACUAAAUUGGUUUAUAAGUCUUGAAACAUUCUUUCAACUUCAUUGUUGUGCUUAUUGUCUUAUAUAAGAAAAAAAACCAAUUUUUAAAAUAAAAAUGCAUUUUGUAUAUUACGUAUUUACAUUUCGAAUAAACAUUGAUGUUUUUUAAUAACAGAUCUCGAAAGAAAAAAAAAAAAAAAAAAGUUGUUAAA